CAAAGGGACCUCUGCUGAAUAGCAGGAGUUCCCACAUUUAGAAGUGGCGAAUAUUGCGCAGCGUUCGCACGGUGGUUUCGGUUUUCGUUUGCAUGGCGACACCUCGCAAGAGAAGGCACUACACAUCGUCAUCGCUAUCUCCGUCACGUGAACGCGUUGUUUUUGUGCAGUGAGGUACAACGGAGAGCGAGUGUAUUUGAAUCCGUGAUAUUUGCAGUGUUGUUUUCCAUCAUCCACCGCUCAUUCCACAAAAAGGACAAGCCGUGUUUCCUGCUUUCACAUGUGUGUACCUCUGCUCGUCUGCUGCAUCCUAGUCACCGAUUGCUGUGCAGGCCCUGAGGCCAUAUAAUGUCCUGAGGAGUUCCCCCACCACAGCGCACACACAUAGAGCUCCCUCUCUACUGAGUGCACGACGGUUUAUAGUUUUAACAUGUUUGCCAUCGCACACUUCUUAGCCAAGAAUGAGAUCGAAGUUGUCCCGGCAUCUUGGGUCAGUGGAACCACUUGUAAGUGGCCUAGGGUUUCCACUGACAAAGCAAAGAGACUAAUUUUGAAGUCAUCGCCUCCUGAAGCAACUUGGGACGGAUACAAGGUUCUCGUGCGUGGUAUAUACUCGACUUAUGGCGAUGCCCGUCGAAAGCUCAACGACCUACAGUACACGUCAGAUGUCAACUCAGACUGCGAUGCUGAUCAAAGAACACGGAAUCGUUUCCCACCGAAGCGCUACCUUGAAAUGAUUGGUGAGAUCACACAAGCUACUGAGGCUGCUGUGGAGGUGUCUGCAUCACAGACAAACGAAGAAGGGCAGGAGCAUGGGCCAAAGUCAAAAAAAAAGAAAAGUACAACCAUUACCGGAGGAUUCAGAUGAGGACGUGGACAGCCAGCUCGACAUUCCUCCUGUGCCACCUAAUUUUCCACAUGCUGCUGCAGCAGCAGACCUCCAGGAAUGUUCAGUUUCAGGUGUUUCAACAGAGGUUGCCAGAAAUUCAGCACCCCAGAAGCGCUUUGAAAGUUCAGUGCAAAGGAGCUCCAUUUCACGUUCACAUAUGCACGAGGAGUCACAAAGUGAAAGGUACCAAGGGGUAGAAGCUGUGCUGAAAGAAGAUUAUGGGAAGCAAGUAUUGAGACUGCUUCAGAUCAUCAGACUAACCCAACAAGAACAUGGUGAAGUCCUACAGGAGCUUACAAGGCAGCGGCUUAACUACGACGUGUCGGGAUCAUCACCUCUGGUGCCAUUCCCAUUUCCAUCAUCUGAAGCACUAGAAGAGUUCAACAGCUCACUGAACGAGGACCUAGAGACACAACUGGUCCAGGAGCUAGCUCAGUUGGGUGGAAAUGAUGUGAGAAGCACCACACGAAAAAUACUGGAGUACCUCCUAACAGACAGUGCUGCGUCAGAAUUCAGUUGGCUUGGACAGAAAGGAAAGAAGAAAUUUGGACUACUCAAGCUUCCGCAAAUUAUUGUCCGCGGUGUCAGGGCGAACAGGAAACAUUCUGCUGCAACUAAGGACGACGUGGAGAGCACCAUAAAGUCAUGGCUCCGACACGCAAAAGAUCGUUUGAACAGUAAGGCAGCGGCUGGUCGAACUGACAACACGUGAGUUUCUUCAUCCAAGCUGGGAUGCACACUGCCACAAGGGGACCCAGGCCUCAUCUGUGAUAACUGUUUAAGUUGGGGGAGGCAUGAACAGCACUCUCUAGGGUAGGGCUGACUCUGAUAGGUCUGACUGAAACUCUGAUGUUGUUGUGCCAGAAUUUAGCUUCAGGAACAUGCCCCCUCUGUGCCUCUGUCUAGUCUCUGCGUUCCCCUGAUGUGUGUUUGUAUGCAUGCACCUAACGAUAAGCAGCUAUAUCUAUUCUUCAGUGUCCGCACUUUUAGCCUGGCUGUGAAAAUGCUGCUGUAGUGUAGUUAGCGUAGAUUUCAUUGUCAGAAAAAUGUUUUUGAAAAUGUGGAUUGCCCUAAGACACAAACUUUUUUAAUACUGUUGCGCAUUUUCGUCUGGCCUUGCAGCAUCCUUCACUCCUUUCACCAUGCAUCAUUAUUUAACUUUUUAACUUUUUAGUUGCGACCAUAAUAACAUAUGAUAAUUUAAUAAUAAACAUGAGUCGAGUAGCUUGUAAAUGGUGCGAUGGACAACGUAACGUUUCUGUGAUAUGUUUAUUUCAAUUUCAUGUGAUAUUUUUCCUGGUGAAAACGUAGCCUGUUAAACAUAAGACUGUACCAUGUGACAUCUGUGUAGGUCAAAACACUGCAGUGGCAGUGCUACUAAGUGUAUGCUAAAAAACGAGUAGUCCUCUCUACCGUGGAGCACAGAAACCACCACGUACAACUUAGGACAGAUGUUUACGAAACGUGGCUAUGGCGUACUUCUUCAUUAGAGUGCCCCCCCCCCCCAGUUGCAAAUGGGAGUGGAUCCCUUUACAGACAUAGGCAUGCGAUUGUGUAACUGGCAUGUUUCUGUCAGCACGUAUUCUCCCGUUCGCUGCAAACCUUUAGCUGAGAUGAAGAAAUAUGCUAGUGCCACGUUCUGUAAGCCUUCCUCUCAAGCUGUACUGCUGUGUUUCGCAACUUUUGAUUUCUAGCAGGGAUAACACAUGCCAUAUUAAGCCGUUUUCGGAGUACUUGAAAUAGUCGUUUGCCUAGGCGCUUUAUAACUUUGUGCAUAAGUACUGGAGAUAACAAUUUAAAACUAACAAGUUCAUUCUGCGUAAAAUGAAUGAGAAGGUACAGGGGAGUUGUUCGUACAACUCUGAGCAAACUGUAGAAGGUUUCUUUCAUGCAAAGUACUCUGACUGUUCGCUAAAUCCUUGGUACCUGAACACCGUGUCCGUGUGCUGGGUUGGAAUUUCAUACCUUUAGAGACUGCAGCUGUUGUGUGGAAGGAACUUUCAGUAUUGCACCUCAUGGACAAAACAGUGUGUGAUCACAGUAACUUGUUAGUGUUUGUUCUGUAUUACCUAUUAUAUCUUUACCAUUUUAUCAACUUGCAACCUUGUAUACCUCUCUUUACUACUCCUAUUUGCGUGCAGCUAGUAUUACUGCACAUGUUUGUGAGUAUUGCCUGCCAAUGUAGCUGCAGUGCUACAGUUAAAGCCAUAUUUUGUCAUGCGUUUGAAGUGUGUCUAUAAUAGAAUUUUAUGCUAUACAGGGUGUUUCAGUUAGAUCCCCGAGCUAAAUAAUUCCCGAGCGGGAGCACCAAUCGAAGAACUUCCUUUUUUA